AUGGGAAACAAAUUAACAGUUGGAAUUCAAAACUGCAUUGAUGAUUUGGCUAAAGUAAUUGAGUCGACUGCAAGUGCUCUUUUAACCUCGACAUACUGUCGUUUAAUUGGCCAUAACGAUACAAAUUUCAAACAGUGCUUCGCUUACAGUCAGGAUAACCAUCAAUCAGCUCAAAUUCUUGAUGCCUGGGGCCGUCCACCAGCUGGCAUCUACUCAUCCGGCCCUUUAUUCUGGCUUGGAGCUUAUGAUCAGUGCCUUAGCUUGUCUAAGAGUAAAACUGUGAAUCAGUCAGUACAGUACUGCCGGGCAAAUGUUGAUGUCGAAGCAAAUAAAAUACAGCAGCAUAAAAUAACUCUUUUUUAUGGAAUGUGUUUACCAGCUACUUGUAAUGAGCAGUACAUUAAGGAAAUUUUUUUCAUCGCAUCUCGACUUUUACUCAAAACUUUCGACAUUUCAAUAUCGAACAGCACAACAGUGGAAUGUUUUCAGUCGAAAGUUGCAUUAUUUCAGAAAUUUGGCCACGCAGAGGGGACGAUUGUAUUAAUUGCUGCUUUAAUUUUAUUGGUACUUUGUGGUACUGUGUUCGAUUUUUAUCGCAAACCACGUAAUAGGAAGUAUUCAAUAAACAAAGUGCCAUCAAGCACGCUCAGUCACUUUACAACACGUUUAGCACCGAGUGUGCAUUCCAUGUUUUCUGAUACUUCUUCCAAAUUUAUGCCAUUCCUUCAAGAAGAUGCAAAGAGUUUCAUCUACACCGACGCUCCAUCACAAGCUCUUACCUACAAAAGUGCUUUAGCUGUACGAAAAACGCUGAAAAAGCCUAGUUGUCUCAUAAAUGCCAUACUUGCAUUCAGCGCAAGAUCAAGUUAUCACUAUUUAACUCGUUCAAGUAAUCGCCAUCUUAAAUCACUUCAUGGAAUUAGGGUUUUAAGCGCUUUUUGGGUAGUGCUUGGACACGCACACUUGCUUUCGUUAGAGUACAUUGGCAAUGUCCGGCAGCUAUGGACUUCACUUAAUGCCAGCAAGCAUUUAGCACAAAUCAUUCUUAACUCAUCGCUUUCGGUCGACUCAUUUCUACUUCUGUCUGGCACAAUCCUAUCAUACAAAGUCAACUUUCGUGCUGGUCAGCAAAAUAAUAGGAACAGAAAGUCGCCGUUUUCAGUUCAGAGUUGGCUAUUAGUUUGCUUACAUCGCUUUAUGCGGUUGCUUCCUGCCUACCUCAUUCUUUUCGUUGUUAUGCAUAAUUUGUUUCAAUACUUGGGAGAUGGCCCCAUGUGGUCACAACAGAAAGGAAUAUUUGGUGCUCGUUGUCACACAGAUGAUUUUUGGAGACAGUUACUAUUUGUGAGUAAUUAUUUCCCAAACGAAUGCAUGCCUUGGAUGUGGUAUCUUGCACUGGACACUCAGUUUUAUAUAGCUGCUCCAAUUAUCUUAUCGGUGUUAUACAGUGUACCAAUGAUUGCUAUUGUACUUAUCAUUCUCAUCAUAUCAAUAUCUAUUGUAUACCGAGUUGUGGUUAUUUUAUUUUUUAGAUUUCCUGCUACUCUUGCCUUAGCUUUACUUGAAAGUGAAGGUUUAGCUACCGAAUCACUGGAAAAGUUAUUUCUCUAUCUUUACGCUUCUCCACAGUCAAGAAUUGGUCCAUUUUUAAUUGGAAUUCUUCUUGGAUGGUUACUUUCAAAAAAACCAAUACGCACCUUUUCUACACCGCAUAUUGAUAUUAUGCGUUUUAGUUCCAUUGCAAUGAUUUCUUUCGCCAUAUUUGGAGCAGUUUAUGCUGAUAAAUUCAAUAUAUUUUCAGUUUUUUAUGCUGCUACAUUUAGGGUAAUUUGGGCAAUUGGUCUAUCUAUGCUUAUUUGGUUAUGUGAACGAGGUUACAUGAAUCCCAUACAGUCAUGCCUAGCUUGGAAUAAAUGGAUUAUUUUUUCAAGAUUAUCUUACGGAUUUUAUUUGUCGCAUGAGCCGAUUUUGCUAUAUUUUAUUUGGAGUCGCCGUUCCGCCAUGAUGCCCCUUUCUCCUUCAUACUUUGUCGUUUUCGCUCUUGAAAUUACACUAUUAUCAUUACUUGCUGCAUCUAUCAUAGCAUUUGUGAUCGAGAUUCCUCCUCUAAUAAUUGAGCGUAAACUGUUCAAAACUAUUCGUGCACGAGUUGGAUCCAAAAAAUCGUCCCAGGAUGAAAAAGUAGAUGGAGCCAAUCAUCAAGAUAUCGAAUCCAUCGUUCAUUUGAACAAUAAACGCCUAACAGAACUUGUACCAAUGUUGCCACCCAUGAGUCGUACAAGGCAAUGGGUUGAAGAAAAUAAUCGAGUUGAAUCGAAGAAUGAAUUCGAACCACCUUUUGAUGGCCUGGAUGCAAUCAAUAAAGAUCAUAAUUCCUUGAAAACAGAAGUUGCUAACACGAAGCUAAAUAAAGAUGAAGAGAUUACUACGGAUGAAAAUGUUUCCACGUGUAAAACAUCUUCAACUAUAUCUGCAAAACGAAAACAGAAAUUCCAAAGUAAUAAAUGUUAUCUUUAUUUCUAGAG